AUGAGGUUUUCCAAUCUCUUGCCCUUCAUCGGUGCAUUUUCAUUCUUUCAGCAAACACAAGCACGAUCACAAGCCUCAGAGGCCAUUCGACAAGUGACGCCCGUGGAUAAUGCCAUCAUUCGUACCCCUUCACACCAAAUAAACCAUCUCUCCCAGUUCGAUAUCACCUUCGCUUUACACCAAGACGGCACGCGCAUAAAGCUAGAACUCGAGCCCAAUCAUGAUAUCCUAGCCGACGACGCUUACGUGCAAUAUAUUGGUGCCGACGGCACAAUCACCCAUGCGGAACCGAUCAACCGACAGGAACACAAAGUUUUCCAGGGUCGCGCCUUGGUAGGAUCCGGCAAGGGAAGAUGGACGCCCGUGGGCUGGGCAAGAAUCACCGUCAAAAGAGAUGGCUUAGAGCCUCUCUUUGAAGGUGCUUUCAGUGUCGAUGAUGACAAGCAUCACAUUGAGUUGCAAUCGACCUACCUCGAAAAGAAGCGCCCGAUGGAUGCCGACGUCGAACCCAGAAAUGGGGAAUCUAUGAUCGUCUAUCGUGACUCCGAUAUGUCUCUCUUUACGCACACUGAGCUCAAGAAGCGGUCGCUCUCUGGAUCAGAGAGCUCGGAGGGCUGCAGCGCAGAUCGACUAGAGUAUAAUGCUGAUCUGUCCAGUUCGAUAUUCGGGUAUGACCUGGACGAAGCAGAUGGUCGGUGGGGUGUCACCUCGUUAAACUCGAUGUUUGGAUUGGGCAAGCGCCAGUCGUCAGAUACUGGCGGUGUCUCGGGCAACACUGGAGGUGUGAAUCUGAAAACGACCAUCGGUGAUUCCAGUGGAUGUCCUAAAACGAAGAAAGUCGCCUUGAUCGGAAUUGCAACGGACUGCAAGUUCACCGAAUCAUUCAUGGCUACCAACUCCACCCCCGGUGCAGCGGCCAAGGACUGGAUCAUCAACAUGGUCAACACGGCUUCAAAUCUUUAUGAGGAAUCUUUCAAUAUAUCCAUCGGCUUACGCAACCUGACAAUUUCCGAGACAGACUGCACCGACAAGGGCUCUUCUGCUACGCCAUGGAACGUGGAUUGUAACGGCGGAAAUGUCACUUGGCGGUUGAAUGAAUUCUCCAAGUGGCGCGCAGCCAGCGCAGAUAACAAUGCCUACUGGACUUUGCUGACAAACUGCCCAACAGGCAGCGAGGUUGGAGUUUCAUGGAUGGGUAGUCUAUGCUCCUCCGAACUGGUCACCUCCGGAGCCAACUCUGUGGCUAGUGCUAACGUCGUAGUUCGCACAUCUGGUUCUACCUGGCAGAUUUUUGCCCACGAGACUGGCCACACCUUUGGAGCAGUGCACGACUGUGAUGAAUCCGGCUGCAAGGACAAUUUAGAAUCCUCAUCUCAAUGCUGCCCGCUGAGUUCGUCGACGUGCGAUGCUGGUGCGAAAUAUAUCAUGAACCCAUAUGCCCAGAACACCAUGACCAAGUUUUCGGAGUGUACCAUCGGUAACAUCUGCUCUGCCAUUGGCAAAAACAGCAUCAAGUCCUCUUGUCUAUCCGAUAACCGCGGCGUCGUCACCAUCAGCGGCAGCCAAUGCGGCAACGGUAUCGUCGAAGCCGGCGAGGAUUGCGACUGUGGCGACGAAGAAAGCUGCGCCGGCAACUCCUGCUGUGACCCGAAGACCUGCAAAUUCAAAGGCAAUUCUGUCUGUGACGACUCCAAUGACAGCUGCUGCAGCCAAUGCCAGUUCGCCUCCGCCGAUACCGUCUGCCGCGCCAGCACCGGAGAAUGCGACAUCGCCGAGACAUGCAGCGGAACCUCAAGCUCCUGUCCCUCAAAUAAAUACAAAGAGGACGGUGCAGCCUGCGGCGAGAAGGACCAAAAACUUUCAUGCGCCAGCGGCCAAUGCACCAGCCGCGACUACCAGUGCCGCACAGUGAUAGGCUCCAUGCUGAGCACCAACGAAAGCUGGGCCUGCGGAAACACAGGUUAUCCAUCCUGCAGUCUCAUCUGCGGCGCACCCUCGCUCCCCCACACCUUUGGUACUACGGAGUGCUACAACAUGCAACAGAACUAUCUCGACGGCACACCCUGCGAUGCCGGCGGCCGCUGCAGCGCAGGCCAGUGCAAGGGCUCCUCGGCCCUGGGCUGGAUCCGCCAGCACGAGAAGCUGGUCAUCGGCGUGUGUGUCGGCGGCGGUACGCUGAUCCUGCUCGCUCUCUUCUUCUGUAUCUACAGCCGUUGCAGGCGCAGUGCACAGCUCCGCAAGGCACGCAAGGCUAUUCCCCCUGGAACAUAUCGCCGCUAUAAUGGGCCCCAGCCUAAUCACCAGCCCAUGGGCCAGUGGCAUGGAUACUGGAAUGGCGGAUAUCAGAAUGUGCCUCCCCCUGGCCCCCCGGCACGAUACUCAUGA